AUGAGGGGGAGGUCGUGGGAGCGAUGUGGGGAGACGGGCGUGGUCCUGCUGGGCUUCCUGACGCUGGCGGUGUCUGUGGGGAACCUGUCCACCAGGGGGCUUCAGGAGGAGGGUGUGGCCUCCAACAGUCUGGAGGAGGAGCUGGAGGUGACCACGUACUGGUGGGGGGAGUGGGCCAAGUGGACCGCCUGCACUCGAACCUGUGGAGGCGGCGUGAUGUCACAAGAAAGACACUGCCUCAAACAGAGAAAGAAAGUUGCUGCUGGGAAAGACAACAUGACGUGCACAGGGACUGCGAAGAAGUAUCACCUCUGCAACACGAAGGAGUGUCCGGCCGCUGGGCGGAGCUUCAGAGAGGAGCAGUGCUGGUCCUUCAACUCGCAGCUUUACAGUGGGAGGAACUUCCAGUGGAAACCUCUGUAUCCCGACGACUACGUUCACAUCUCCAGUAACCCCUGUGACCUCCACUGCACCACCACCGACGGCCAGCGGCAGCUGAUGGUGACGGCUCGAGACGGAACGUCCUGCAAGUACAGCAGCUACCGCGGCGUCUGCGUGGACGGUAAGUGUGAGCCAAUCGGAUGUGACGGAGUUCUGUUUUCCUCCAACACUUUGGACAAGUGCGGCGUCUGUCAGGGCGACGGCAGCAGCUGCAGCAGAGUCAACGGGAACUCGCGCCGCGGAGCCACGACUCUCGGUUACUCUUUCAUUACUCAAAUCCCUGAAGGAUCAUGGGACAUCCAGAUCAUUGAGAGGAAGAAGUCAGCGGAUCUUCUGGCUGUGACCGACCAGGCAGGAAACUUCUUCUUCAACGGAGCCUACAAGGUGGACACUCCUCAGAACUUCCACGCUGCCGGCACCGUCUUCAAGUACCGUCGACCCAUGGACGUGUACGAGACCGGGAUCGAGUACAUCGUCGUCAAAGGGCCCAUCGAUCAGGCCAUCAAUAUCCUGGUUUGGAACCAGAACGGACGAAUUCCGUACAUCACCUACGAGUACACCGUCCUGCGGGACUCCCUGCCGCCCAUCCCGCCUCCUCCCGUCUACACCGGGUCCGACACCUCAGCUGGUGAGGCCUCGGUGGAGGUGGGGACGCUGCUGUCCCCAAACAGCAGUGUCCAUGAGCAGGGGGGCCCUCAGGGCCAGCUGGAGCCGGGGGCCGCAGACGGCCAGAAGGUCCAAGAGACCAAUGAGGUGUACGAGGAGACGGUGUCCAUCGACUGCGACCAGGACGCAGCAGCUGCGCCAAAAUUCACAGGAAACAGCACCGGCAGCACCGUGAACCCUGCCGCUGCCGCUGGAGCCCUGGACCCAGGACCCGAGUCCCCGAACCUCAUCUGGAGGGUCCUGCUGGACGGACGGCUCAGCCCCGACGAGCUGCUCAUCAACAUCUCCACCAACCAGCUGCUGACGGAGGGCGGCGGCUUGUUCUCGUCCGAGCUGGGACCCGGCGAGGUGGACCUGAGCAGCCUGGAGCGAGAGCUCGGUCUGAACGAGACGCUGGAGUUCACUCUGGGCCGAAGACGCAAUGACAGCGGGGACACGGGGUCCCAGAACAGAACGGUGCAGAGCACAGGGAGGACGUCCAGCCGGUCCAACAGAACCAGGGGGAAUCAGAGGCUCUACCAGAAGAACCUGAAGCUGAGCCCUGCCGACAUGUACCGCUGGAAACUUUCCUCUCAGGAGCCCUGCAGCAUGACGUGCUCUAUAGGCGUGUCCAGGUCCUUCGUGUCGUGUGUUCGCUAUGACGGCAUCGAGGUGCACGACAUGUACUGUGACGCUCUGACCCGACCCGAGCCCGUCCACGACUUCUGUAUCGGCAGGGAGUGUCAGCCCAGGUGGGAGGCGAGCAGCUGGAGCGAGUGCUCCAGGACGUGUGGCGAGGGGUUCCAGUUCCGGCAGGUCCGCUGCUGGAAGAUGCUGUCGCCCGGCCUGGACAGCUCGGUGUACAGCGACCUCUGCACCAUGGCCGACCUGGAGCGACCCGUGGAGAGACGGGCCUGCAAGAGCCCGGCCUGCGGGCCCCAGUGGGAGGUGGCCGAGUGGACAGAGUGUCCCGCUAAGUGCGGCCUCAAAGCCCAGGUGACCCGGGACGUCCGCUGCACCGAUGACCCCAGAUCAUGUGACCCGAUGACCAGACCAGCCAGCAUCAAGAACUGCACUGGUCCGCCCUGUGAACGCCACUGGACCGUGUCCGAGUGGGGACCCUGCUCGGGGUCGUGUGGCGCGGGGAAGACGACGCGUCACGUGUACUGUAAGGCCGGGGACGGGCGCGUGGUCCCGGAGAACCAGUGCUCUGCGGAGAACAAGCCACUGGCCAUCCACCCCUGUGGAGAGAGGGACUGUGCCCCACACUGGCUGAGCCAAGACUGGGAGAGGUGCAACACCACCUGUGGGCGUGGCGUGAAGCGGAGGACGGUCAUGUGCGUCGGCAUCAGCGGAGGAAAGUUCCAGAUCUUCGACGAGGAGGCGUGUGGAGGCAGCGAGAAGCCGGAGGACGAGAACACCUGCUUCGAGAGGCCGUGCUUCAAGUGGUACACCACCCCCUGGUCGGAGUGCACGAAGACGUGUGGUGUGGGCGUGAGGAUGAGGGACGUGAAGUGUUACCAGGGCCGGGAGCUGGUCCGGGGCUGCGACCCCCUCACCAGGCCGGUGGCCAAACAGACGUGCACGCUGCAGGCCUGUCCCACCGAGCCCCCAGAUGAGAGCUGCCAGGACCGGCCCUCCACCAACUGCCUGCUGGCCCUGAAGGUGAACCUGUGCAGCCACUGGUACUACAGCAAGGCCUGCUGCCACUCGUGCCGCGCCCUGCGCCCUCCGCCCUCCUAG